UUUCACUGUCUCGCCCUGACGAAUAGCGGUGAGAUCUACGCAUGGGGGAUGAACAACUACGGGCAGCUAGGCAUUGGUCAGGGUCCUGAGAAGGUUUCCAAGCCCAUGCUCGUGGAAGCUCUGAGUGGGAUACCAAUUGCAUUUAUCUGCUGUGGAGCACAUCACAGCUUCGCCCUGUCCACGUCUGGAGCUAUUUUUGCGUGGGGAAAGAACAAUUUCGGGCAAUUGGGGCUGAAUAAUGAGACCCACCACUACUAUCCGCAACAAAUUCGCGGCUUACGGAGUCUCGGGGUGCGGCACAUUGCGUGUGGGGAUGAUUUCUCGGUGUUCCUCACGGCAGAUGGGCGGGUGUUUACGUGUGGCCUUGGGUCGUACGGGCAACUAGGUCAUGGGGGCAAUAACAAUGAGAUUACACCGAGAAUGGUGCUGGAAUUGGCCGGCAGUACAAUCACCCAAGUGUCCUGCGGGAGGAAGCACACGCUGGCUUUCGUACCGUCCAGAGGGCGUGUCUACGGCUUCGGGCUGGGGCAUUCUGGCCAAUUGGGCAUGUCGAAACCCAGAAAUGUUUCCAUUCCGCAAGUUGUUAACGGACCCUGGAUUUCAUCAGGGCCGGGAAUUAGGGAUGGCGAUGAAGGAGAUAUCGAUGGGCCUGGCAUGAAGAUUAGGCGAAUUUUUUCCGGCGGAGAUCAUUGCUUUGUUUCCGCAGUGGAGAAAUCCAGCAAUAUUUCAUCUUAUGAUUGUCGCAUUUAUGACGAAAAGACUCAAAUUUGCCAGCUUUCACUGGAGAUGGCGAGCUCUUUUAGUGAUUUAUCAAAAGACAGCAAUGUUGAUUUGGACGUGAUAUCAAUUCUGGAGGUGAUAUUCAAGAAUCAAUCAUGCCUUAAUGGUUCAUUUCUCAAGGAAAUGGAUGAGCACAGACCGUGCACAUCGAAGAAUCACGGUGUUGACAUUGCAAUAGCCGAGAGUGCUUUUGAGUACAUCCGGAAGAUUGAGAAUGAAACCAUAAAGGAUUUAAUUUGGGAGUCAAUUACAACGGAUCUAAUACAGAGUCUCAAGGCGAAACCGCCGGAUGUUGAGACACUCCGUAUUUACCUCAUUCUACCGCUCUACCAUGAAUUUAUUAAUUCAAAAAAUUACCCCAAACUCCACACACCCUUUUGCCAAGCUGUUCUCCGACUUACCGAAUACCCAUCGCGAAUUGUUCAUCGAUGGUGGGCUGAGCAGUCCGUGGAGUACUUUGAGCGACUCAUUGAGUGCUUCAAAGGUGUCGUGACGUACAUUGUGAACUUUCAGUAUCGCCAAGAGGAUGGCGCACGCCUUUUUAUUGGCUACGAAAAGAAUCUACAUAUGGCGCUGAAUCUUAUGCUCAAUCUCUUUGUGGCAAAUCACAAAUAUCGCACCGUGAAGGUGUCCUGCGAUGCAUUCUACAUCAAUGAUCUGCACGAAACGGUUGAUAUUCAAAAGGACUACGUGUCAUGGCUGCAGGAUAAGGAUUCAUCACUCUUCCAUCUCUGUUGUUAUCCAUUUAUCUUCGAUGUGGCUGCCAAGACUCUCUUGUUACAGACAGAUCAACGCAUUCAGAUGCACAAUGCAAUGCAGAGCGCCACAGCUGAGGGACUCCUGCAGAUGGUGGUUGGUGGUUCUCAAAUGCUAAAUCCCUUCCUUGCGCUCAAUGUGAGUCGUGAAAAUCUCGUACAGGACACAAUAAAUGAGCUGCAGAAGUACAGUGCGAAUGAGUACAAAAGGCCACUCAGGAUUAAAUUUCACGGCGAAGAGGCCGAAGAUGCGGGUGGGGUGAAGAAGGAAUUCUUCAUGCUACUCCUCAAGGAGAUACUCGAUCCGAAAUUCGGGAUGUUCAAGGAGUACGAGGAAUCGCGGUAUAUUUGGUUCUCAAAUACCUCCUUUGAAGGUGCUGGGAUGUACACGCUGAUUGGGAUCCUGUGUGGCUUGGCUAUUUACAAUUUUACAAUCAUUGACUUACCUUUCCCGUUGGCGCUGUACAAGAAAAUCCUGCAGGAAGCUGUGGAUUUGUCGGAUUUGAAGGAACUCUCCCCAACAGUUGGGGCAUCAAUGGAGGAAAUACUCGCAUAUGAGGGUGAUGACCUCGAGCAGGUGUUCUGUGUGACAUUCUCAAUCACCGAAGAGGUCUUUGGGGAACGCCGAACGGUGGAUUUGAAGCCAAAUGGAAGGAAUAUUGGGGUGACGCAGGAGAAUAAGGAGGAAUUUGUCAAUCUCUACAUUGACUAUGUCUUCAAUAGGAGCUGCAAGACACACUUUGAGGGAUUCGAUAUGGGUUUUCAGAAAGUCUGUGGUGGACGCAUAAUGCAUCUCUUCACAUCACGCGAGCUGAUGGCCAUGGUGGUGGGGAAUGAGAAUUACGAUUGGUUUGCACUGCAGGAGACGGCAGAAUACAGGAAUGGCUACUCGUCGAGCGAUCAGACAGUUCAGUGGUUCUGGGAAGUUUUUCACGAGCUCAGUCUCAAGGACAAGAAGAAUUUCCUUCUCUAUCUCACGGGAUCUAGUCGAAUACCCAUUCAGGGCAUGAAAGCCAUUAAGAUCUACAUUCAACCAACACCUGAUGAUCGUUUCCUCCCUGUUGCCCACACGUGCUUCAAUUUGUUAGACCUCCCGCGCUAUAGGACGAAGGAAAAAUUGAAAUAUAAACUCCUGCAGGCUAUUCAGCAAACCCAGGGCUUCAGCUUGGUCUAGAGGGGGCAUUCCUACACACAACACUUUAUAUCGAAGGGGCUUCUUCGAAAGUUCCUCGAUAGAGAGUUUUUACAUAAAUCACUUCCGGAUCAUUUCGUUAUUGUAUUUAAAAAAAAAAAAACAAGAAGUGGGACAAAUAAUGUUCAUGGAUCAAAUUAAAGAAAUAUUUUUCUCAAAA